AUGGAGUUACUCUGGAUGCCCCUGCUGCUAGUGGGCUCUUGUGUUGUCGCUGUCUAUAGCUCAGUGGAGGACACCAGCACCCCCGUCAACAUAACCAAGCCCGUGCACAUCGUGGAGGAACACAACCUGCUGGUGCUGACACCUGCCGGCCUCACCCAGAUGUUGAAUGAGACCCGAUUCCUCAUGGUCCUUUUCUAUAACCCCUCCUCAAAACAAUCCAAGAACCUGGCUGAGGAACUGGGCAAAGCCGUGGAGAUCAUGGGUAAAGGCAAGAAUGGCGUUGGCUUUGGCAAAGUGGACAUCACUGUAGAGAAGGAGCUUAAGCAGGAGUUUAAUAUUAAGAAAACUCCAGAGUUGAAGCUGUUUUUUGAGGGCAAUAGGUCGGAGCCCAUCAGUUGUGAAGGAGUGGUUGAAUCUACUGCCUUGGUCGUUUGGUUGAGAAGACAAAUCAGCCAGAAUGCAUUUCUGUUUAACAACAGCCUGCAGGUGGCCAAUUUUGUGGAAUCCAGGCACUUGGUCAUUAUUGGCUUCUUUCAGGACUUAGAGGAAGAGGUAGCAGAAUUAUUCUACGACACGAUCAAAGACUUCCCAGAGCUGACGUUUGGAGCAAUAGAGAUUAAGAAUGCUGCUGGGCAUUUUCAUGUCGUCCUUGACAGUGUCCUAGUGUUCAAAAAGGGAAAACUUGUGAACCGCCAAGAGCUUAUUAAUGAUGAUACCAACAAGCAAAACCUCCUUCAAGUCAUAAAACAGCACCUCACUGACUUUGUGCUUGAAUACAACACUGAGAAUAAAGAUCUGAUUUACGAAUUGCAAAUCCUGAAUCACAUGCUGCUCUUUGUCUCCAAAAGCUCUGAGUCAUAUGGUACCAUAAUUCAGCAUUAUAAGCUGGCAUCAAAGGAAUUCCAGAACAAGAUCCUUUUCAUCCUAGUGGAUGCAGAUGAACCCAGAAACAGACGUGUCUUUGAGUACUUCCGGAUCACGGAGGUCAACGUCCCAUCUGUCCAAAUCCUAAACCUGACCUCCGACGCCAGGUACAAAAUGCCUUCAGAUGAAAUAACCUUCAGAAACCUCAAGAGGUUCGGCCUCAACUUCCUGAGUAGAAAUGCUAAGAAACAUCAAUCCAGUGAAGAUAUUCCAAAAUAUUGGGACCAGGGACUGGUGAAGCAGCUCGUGGGGAAGAACUUCAACAUAGUGGUCUUUGACAAGGAAAAGGAUGUAUUUGUGAUGUUUUAUGCACCUUGGUCUGAAAAUUGCAGGGCACUGUUUCCAGUGUUGGAGCAGCUGGGCAGAAUGUACCAAAACCACUCCACAAUCACCAUCGCCAAGAUCGACAUCACAGCAAACGACAUUCAACUAAUGUACCUGGAACGGUACCCAUUCUUCCGGCUUUUCCCCACCGACUCUCAACAAUCUGUAUUGUAUAAGGGAGAAUAUACUCUGAAGGGCUUCUCUGACUUCCUGGAAAACCAGAUCAAGACCAGGGUUGAGGACGAGGUAAGGCUGUUGUUUGUUGAGCAAAAUGAAGUGAUAGAAGAGGAGGUGCUAGCUGAGGAAGAAGAGAUACCUAUGGUGGAGGAAGAGUUACCCAAACAGCAGUUGCCCAAGCUGGAGAAUGUGACCAAGCCUGAAGAAGCUGCUGGGAAGAAGGAGAUGGCUGAGGAAGUGGUGGUGGUGGCUAAGCCAAAGGGACCUCCAGGACAGGAGAAGAAAUCAAAAGUCAAGGAAGAACUUUAA